UUGGCUCACGGGGAAAGCCAAAAACAAAUAAAUGAUUUUCCGGAAGGAGUAUCUUGAUUUGGUGUUGGUGCCAUGUGGGCUGUUCAUCAUGUUUGCCUACCAUCUCUUCCUGCUGUACAGAUGCCUCAAGCGUCCACACACUACAGUGAUUGGCUUUGAGAACAAUGACAAGAAGGCUUGGGUUGAAAAAGUUAUGCAGGUUGAAAACAAGGAUGUUAAAACAGCAUUAGAUGUGCUCUCAGCCAAUGUGUCUGCAGCUACAUUCCUUGCAUCAGUCUCCCUAACUCUUAGCUCUCUAAUUGGAGCCUGGAUUGCGAACAAUUCAAACAUAUUCCAAAGUGAACUAAUCUAUGGAGACACAAGGCAAGCCACAAUGUCAAUCAAGUUCAUUAGUCUUCUAAUCUGUUUCUUAUUGGCUUUUGCAUGCUUUGUCCAAUCAUCAAGGUGUUUCAUCCAUGCAAAUUACCUCAUUAGUACACCAGAUACCGACAUUCCUAUAAAAUAUGUUGAAUCAGCAGUCAUAAGAGGAGGUGAUUUUUGGUCACUGGGGCUCAGAGCGCUUUACUUCGCAACUACCCUGCUGCUCUGGUUCUUUGGUCCAAUACCAAUGUUUGCUACUUCUGUAAGCAUGGUUUGUCUCCUGCAUCACCUUGAUACAAACAAAACGCCAUUGCAUCAGUAUAGUUCUGCAGCAAAGAGACCGUUCAAAAGAGUUGAGCAAACAAAGAUCAGAACUCCAAUGGCCGUUGAGGUUCUUGACAGAUGAAGUCCAAGAGCU